CGAUGGAAGAUUCAACGGCGGAUUUGAUGGAAGAUUUCAACAGUGUAUUCGAUGGAAGAUUCAACGGCGGAUUCGAUGGAAGAUUCAACGGUGGAUUCGAUGGAAGAUUUCAACAGUGUAUUCGAUGGAAGAUUCAACGGCGGAUUCGAUGGAAGAUUCAACAGUGGAUUCGAUGGAAGAUUUCAACAGUGUAUUCGAUGGAAGAUUCAACAGCGGAUUCGAUGGAAGAUUCAACAGUGGAUUCGAUGGAAGAUUUCAACAGCGGAUUUGAUGGAAGAUUUCAACAGUGGAUUCAAUGGAAGAUUCAACAGCGGAUUCAAUGGAAGAUUUCAACAGUGUAUUCAAUGAAAGAUUCAAUGGUGGAUUCGAUGGAAGAUUCAACAGUGAAUUCAAUGGAAGAUUUCAACAGCGGAUUUGAUGAAAGAUUUCAACAGUGGAUUUGA